AUGGGAGAGUUGCUAGGCCAAUUUCUUGAGGGGAAGCGCGUGUUUGUGGUGGGAGGAGGAAUUGCGGGAUCCUCGUUCGUGACUGCUUUACAUAGGUUAUGGAAUCCAUCAUUAAAGCGCCCUGAGGUCAUUGUUCUUGAGCAAAAAUCUCGAGAAGCUAGCCUUGAAACAGACCCCUACAUUCUCAGUCUGCAUGGGGGUAGCCAGGAUGAGGGCCUGGUGACAUUGCGACAACUCGGCCUCCUCGAGGCCAUUGGCGCUCAAGCAACUCAUAACAGUGGCGCCAUCAGAGUAUGGAGUGACAAAUGGAAACAGUUGGCCACAAUUGAGCCCACACCUUACGACAACUUACCCUCGGCUGCGAUACGUAUCUCUCGACAGGACUUGAAACGUAUACUUUUGGAUGAAGCGGAGAAGACAGGCGCUGUGUGGAAAUGGGCUUGCAGCUGCACGUCCAUAGAGCAGCUUUCAAACGGGCAAGUGCGCGUCACUACUUUCGACGUCAACACCGAAAGCUCCUCUACUCAAGAUUGCGACCUGGUCGUUGCCGCAGACGGCGCAGAUAGCAGAAUCCGGGCCAUCCUCCAACCCGGGGACAAACUAGGAUAUGCCGGUGCAAACCAAAUCGGAGGUAUUUCGCGUCUUCCAAACGGCCUUCCUCGUCCCAUACACGAGGACUACGGCCUGCAGAUGUCUUCAGGAGAAGGUGUCUGUUGCAUUUAUACGCCUUUCGAUGGACAGACUAUCGGUUGGGCGUUGAGCCAGAAAGGGACUGAGCGCAGGCUCAAGAGCGGAAGGUUCACCACAGAAGAAUUUUACGCCCUCAAAACAGAAGCUUUAAAGACUGGCAAAAUGUUUCACGAGCCGUUCAAGACUAUCAUCGAAGCUACAGAUUCGACCACUGUAUUCAUUCGCCCUGCCAAAGAGAGAAAAUCAGCGUCACCACGACUGUCAUGGAGUAAAGUUGCCUUUAUCGGAGAUUCCAACCAUGUGCUGAAUUGUUUUGAAUUCAAAGGAGCAAAUCUGGCCCUCAAGGACGGAUGGGAUUUAGCGGAACAAAUUUGCGGCAAUACCUCGAUGGUGAAGGCUAUGGCUGAGUUCAAUAGGCUCAGUCUUCCGCGCGCAGAACACCUUCAGAAGUGGUCUCAUGAGCGGAUUCGUUUUGGCCAUAGUUCAGGUGUUCUAUGGACGAUGUACAAGCACGGUAUGGCGGCUCAACGAUGGACGACGAAGAAGUAG